AUGGUAAAUGAAUCCAGUGAACCUCCCCAGCAAAAACGAGAACCAUCUUUAAACCUGGUUCUGUGUGGGAGGAGAGGAGCAGGGAAGACGUCAGCAGCCAAGGCCAUUUUAGGUCAGACUGAGCUUCAUUCAGCCUCCAACUCAUCAGAGUGUGUUAAACAUCAGGGAGAGGUGUGUGGACGUUGGGUUUCCCUGGUGGAGCUGCCUGCCUUGUAUGGAAAACCUCAGGAGGCAGUGAUGGAGGAAUCACUCAGGUGUAUCUCCCUCUGUGAUCCUGAGGGUGUCCAUGCCUUCAUCCUGGUCCUACCUGCAGGUCACCUCACUGAUGAAGACAAGGAAGAGUUGAAGACCAUCCAGAACACAUUCAGCUCUCGAGUCAAUGACUUCACCAUGAUUCUGUUCACUGUAUUGUCAGAUUUUACAGAUCCAGCUGUUCUUAGCUUUCUAAAAGAAAACAAGGACAUCCAGGAACUCUGUAAGAGCUGUGGGGGACGGUAUUUUGUUCUCAACAUGAAGGACAAACAGAAGAUCCCAGAAUUGUUGGAGACUGCAGAAAAGAUGAGACUGCAUGAGGAUAAACAGAGCAGAGACCCUCUCAGAAUUGUGCUGAUUGGGAAGACGGGCAGUGGAAAGAGCUCUACAGGAAAUGCCAUUCUAGGAAGAAAGGUCUUUGAAGCCAAAGCAAUCCAGAUGUCACUCACCAAACACUGUCAGAAAGCACAUGCUGAAGUGGACGGUCGUCCUGUUGCUGUGGUCGACACUCCUGGACUGUUUGACUCAACUUUGUCUCAUGAUGAAGUUCAUAAGGAGUUGGUGAAAUGCAUCAGCCUCCUGGCUCCAGGACCACAUGUCUUCCUUUUGGUGAUGCAGAUUGGCAGAUGCACACCAGAAGAGAAGGCGACACUGGAACUCAUCAAGAAAUUCUUUGGAAAAAAUUCUGAGAAGUUCACCAUCUUUCUCUUCACAGGAGGAGAUACACUGGAACAUGAAGAGCAGUCCAUUGAAGAGUACAUUGAAAAGGGGUGUGAUGAUUAUUUUAAGAAGCUGAUCUUGGACUGUGGAGGAAGAUACCAUGUGUUCAAUAACCAUGAUAAAAAAAGCCAAACACAAAUCAAUGAGCUGAUAACAAAGAUUGACACCAUGGUGAAAGAAAAUGGAGGCAGCUGCUUCACCAACGAGAUGCUGCAGGAGGCUGAAGCGGCGAUACAGAAACAACAGGAGACGAUCCUGAAAGAGAACGAAGAAGCGAUGAAGAGAGAAAUGCAGGAGCUUGAAAGAAAACAAGAGGAAGAAAUAAAGACAGAAACUAGCUAG